AAAUUAACAAGCUCAUUGUGAAGAGCAAUCCUACAAAACAAAUCCACACACGCACAAAAUCACAAAAAAACCUUAAAAAACCCUAGUUCGUAAACAACAUACUAUCAUCACAAUGUCUGGUGUGUGGGUGUUCAACAAGAACGGAGUGAUGAGGCUGGUGGAGAAUCCUUACAACCAGUCCGAUUCGUCGGACUCUUCAUCCUCCGGUGGUAGCCAGCAACAGAGAAUGAGGAGGAAGAUUCUUGUCCAUCUUCCGACCAGCGAAGUUGUCUCUUCCUACGGAUCACUUGAGAGGAUCUUAAAGGGUCUUGGAUGGGAGAGGUACUACAAUGGAGACAACGCUGAUCAUUUCCUCCAAUUCCACAAGAAAACAUCGAUUGAUCUCAUCUCUCUCCCUCGUGACUUCUCCAAGUUUAACUCUAUUCAUAUGUAUGAUAUCGUCGUCAAGAACCCUAACGUCUUCCAUGUCCGAGACAUGUAGUAGCCGGUCUUCCACAUAAUAUUAAUCAUCCUCGCUGAUAUAUCUAUAUAUCAUGUAUAUAUUUGCAGGUUUUUGCUUCUUUUUUUUGCUUCUAUUAUUUGCUGUUGGGAGUUUGUUCUUGGUUUGUUUUAUUUCCUCG